AGCAUAAUCUUUUAGCAAAGAUUUUAAUGUUAGAGGACAAUAAGGAAAUGAUAGAUUUUCCAGAUUAUGGCAAGAUUACUUUUGUUAAAAAAGAUUGUGACGGACUAACAAUUAAACAACUACCUAGAGCAAAGCCCCAGGAUGUACAAUUUAUUUCAAAAUUUCUAAAAUAUCCAUCUAUGGAAAGAAUGACAGCCGGCAAAGCGCUUUUAGAUCCUCUAUUCAAUGCUGACGAUUUUUCAAAGUUUUGUAUUAAUAUUCAAGAUCUUAAGAAAC